AUGGCGACAACCGAUCCCGAUUCCUCCCUCACCCCCUCAGAGCCCACCCUCCCCAAGCUCAGCCAACAUGACUUCCGCAUCUACAACCGCAUGGCCGAGCACAUGGACUACUUCCACAACCACUUCCGCGAGACCUGGAAUGUGCUGUAUGGCGCGUGUGAGACGGGGAAGAGGAGUAAGGGUAUGAGUAUUAGGCAGUUUAUUGGCAUGGGGCAGCAGUUUUGUGCGCAGUUGGAGAUGCAUCAUGGGAUUGAGGAGAGGCAUAUCUUCCCCGUCCUCGCCAAGAAAAUGCCGGCCUUCAAGAAAGAGCUGGAACUCCUUACACAACACAAACAGAUCCACGCCGGUCUUGAUAAGCUUACUAAGUACCUAGAUGAGUGUAAUAGCGGAGAGCGCGAGCUAAGGUUAUCCGAGCUGAAGGAGAUUCUGGAUGGGUUUGGGAAGGUGCUGUGGCAGCAUUUGGACGAUGAGGUUAAGGAGUUGGGCGCGGAGAAUAUGAGGAAGUAUUGGAGCAAGGAGGAGAUGGUCAGGAUGCCAAUGUAA